UCCGCUGGCGCCUUUGUACUACUGGGAUUUCCCAUUUCCAUGGGAGGGAUCGUGUCGCAUUUGUCCAAUUAUAACCAACCACACGUGCAAGUCUACGUGGUACGCAUUUUAUGGAUGGUACCCAUUUAUUCCGUCGAAAGUUGGCUCGCCAUGCGCUUUCACAAACACGCUAUUUACAUUGAAACGCUCCGGGACUUGUACGAAUCCUACGUCCUCUACAGCUUUUUACAGUUCCUCAUUCAAGUUCUGGGUGGCGAAGAAGCUCUCAUCUUGUUGUUGAAGGACAAGUCUCCUACCCGUGGGGUCCACAUGUGGGGACUCCAGUACUGCGGCCUCAAACCGUGGCUUAUGGGACAACCCGUCCGACGCUCCUGUAAAUUCGGGGUUCUCCAGUACGUGCUCCUGAAAUUCUUUUUCAGUAUCGCCGUCAUGAUUCUGGAAAGACACGGACUCUACAAGGAAGGAAACUUCACCUACAAGGGCGGAUAUCUCUAUAUUUGUGUAUUGACCAACAUAUCCCAGUGCUGGGCCUUGUAUUGUCUCAUAUUCUUUUACUACGCCACGAAAAACGAACUCGCCGCAAUUCGACCCGUCGGAAAAUUUCUUUCCGUCAAGGCCCUCGUCUUUUUCACCUGGUGGCAGUCGGUAGUAAUUGCAAUCUUGUACAAAAUGAAUAUGAUACCGCACUACAGCGUAGGGCAGGACACGAACUGGACCCCGGAAGAUGUGGCCAAGGCGAUUCAGGACUAUUUGAUUUGUAUGGAAAUGUUCUUGGCCGCGGUAGUGCACACCUUUGUCUUUCCGCAUUCGGAGUAU